CUGGGGGUGGUUUCAUGGCCUGAGGCACCGCCGCUGGAGAGCCCUCGGGAGAGUCGAGUUGCCUGACCGGGACUGCCAGGGUAGGGGGACCGAAUCUCCCCAACCUGCCCCGGGUCCGGCGGGAGCAGCGCCGAGUCAAGGAAAGGACGGCGGCCGCUCAGCCUAGGCUUGCGUGCCACGAGCAGCCCGGGUGACCAAAGCCACAUAAUGUCAAUAGUUCGUUCAUCCGUCCAUGCCAAAUGGAUCGUGGGGAAAGUGAUUGGGACAGCAAUGCAAAAAACUGCUAAAGUGAGAGUGACCAGGCUUGUUCUGGAUCCCUAUUUAUUAAAGUAUUUUAAUAAGCGAAAAACCUACUUUGCUCACGAUGCCCUUCAGCAGUGCACAGUUGGGGAUAUUGUGCUUCUCAAAGCUUUACCUGUUCCACGAACGAAGCAUGUGAAACAUGAACUGGCUGAGAUCGUUUUCAAAGUUGGAAAAGUCAUAGAUCCCGUGACAGGAAAACCCUGUGCAGGAACUACCUACCUGGAGAGUCCAGUCAGUUUGGAAACCACUCCCUUAACCAAAAAUCUGGAGGAACUCAAUAUAUCUUCAACACAGUGAAGGAGGAUUGGAGGAAGGAGCCAAAGGGAAAGAUUUACACAUUUGCUUUAUGGAAAAAGAAAUUUUUUUAAGUUUCAUCACAAACUGUCCAGUUUCUCUAGUAUUUGUGAAAUAGCUGAAAGUAAAUGAAGUAAAGGGCUUGAUAAAACUUUUCAUAAA